UUUAAAAAACACAAAUGUCAUAGUUAUUUACCCUUGCUUCCUUUAACUUUUGGGAAUACCAACAUCACCGUUUUCCUAUACAGUUGCUGUCUAUUAUUGGCUCCCAAUCAAGAUCUUGCCUAAUGUUGGAAAAUUUUUUGCUGCAAGAACUUUAAUUGGGGCUCUGUUGUUAGUUGCAUUUCUUACGUACAAAUGGCGAAGAAGGCACCUAUCAGGAUAUGAUGCAAUUGAAGAAUUCUUACAGAACCACAAUAACCUUAUGCCAAUAAGAUAUUCUCACCCAGACAUUAAGAAGAUUACUAGAGGUUUUAAGGAAAAGUUAGGAGGAGGUUUUGGUUGUGUAUAUAAAGGAAAACUUCGAAGCGGUAAAGUUGCUGCAAUAAAGAUAUUGAAUAGCUCUAAAGCUAAUGGACAAGAUUUUAUCAAUGAGGUUGCUACUAUUGGACGAAUUCACCAUGCUAAUGUUGUACAAUUAAUUGGCUUUUGUUUCGAGAGAUCAAAGCAAGCUCUUAUAUAUGAAUUCAUGCCUAAUGGGUCUCUUAAUAAUUACAUAGGUCGUCAAGAAGGAUCGAUUUCUCUAAGUUGGGAAAAACUUUAUGAGAUUUCUCUUGGAGUGGCCCACAGCAUUGAAUAUCUACAUGAAGGUUGUGAUAUGCAAAUCCUUCAUUUUGAUAUCAAACCUCAUAAUGUUCUCCUUGAUGAAAAUUUCACACCAAAGAUUUCAGAUUUUGGGCUUGCUAAAUUUUAUCCAACCAAAGGGAACAUUGCAUCUCUCACAGCUGCGAGGGGAACGAUAGGAUACAUGGCACCAGAAUUGUUUUAUAAAAACAUUGGACGUGUCUCAUAUAAAGCAGAUGUAUAUAGCUUUGGAAUAUUGAUGCUAGAAAUGGCAGACAAAAGGAAGAAUGUAAAUUCACUUGCUGAACAUUUAAGUGAAGUUUACUAUCCAUUUUGGGUACAUGACCAACUAUCUAGUGGAAAAUUACCGAUAAAAGAUACAACAGAGGGAGAAAAUAUAAUAGCUAGAAAAAUGAUUUUGACAGAAUUAUGGUGUGUGCAAAUGCAACUUUGUGAUCGUCCUCCCAUGAAAAAAGUUAUAGAGAUGCUUGAAGGAGACUUGGAAAGCCUACAAUUGCCUCCGAGGCCUAUUCUAUUUCCUGCAACCCCAGUGACCAUGGAUAAAGGAGAAUCAUCAUUAGAGUUAGGAUCAAGUAGCUUGAUUGAAAAUUCAAGUUAAGUGACUUGAUACGCAAUAUCCCACUACUCAUUUGAAGGUUUGUUCUUCAAGUUUUUUCACUUUAAAAUGCUCUAAAGACUUAAUUAGUUAAUGACUUGAUCAUAAUUAAUUUAUAGUGAAUGUAUGUGUAUUUAACUUAAGAGUGUAAGCUGCCUUAUUCAUAUUUGUGGCUAUUAAUUUCAAUGUGGACAAUGCCAUAUAGGUGAGUAAGAUAAGAAUAAGACAGUAGAGUUUACGAAGUUUAGAUGUGUAUAAAUGCAUUCAGUCGAUUCAAUUGGCAAUGAGCAUCAUCCUCUAUUUUGAAUCAGCUCUGCUAAUGAUUUAUUAAUUAUCUAUUUCUAUAAUUGAUUGUAGUUUAUUGUCCUUCAAAACAAAACGGGUUGAUUUGGAUUUAAACUUUGAUAUUUUUAUUUUCCUUGUUUGUUUGUUAUGAAUCUAAGAUGGGUCAACCAAUUUUUUGUUCCAACUUGCCAAUGCAAUAUGUUCUAAUGGAAUUAAUUUGGUUUUGAAUUCAUAUUCCUUGUUUAGUUGAUUAUAUAGAUAGCCUCAGUAUUAAAGCUUUUACGCUAUUUUUUUUAUGAAAAAAUAACAUAUGUAUGUAUACAUGCGAAAAUAUUUCUAAUUAAAUUAUGUUUCAAGAAAAUAACUUGCUUCUUACUUAUGAUCUUCUCCCGAAUUGCCCUAUAAAUGAAUGAUUUUCUUAUAGAGCUAAUAGCUUAGAUUUUUAAAUUAGAAAAUAUAUUCCAAACUAGGAGAAUAUUCCCUAUUGCUAUUUGAUGGUGCUGAAACGAAAUUGUACUGCAAUUGGUCACUCUGCAAAAAAGAGAACGUGAGGUGAUUGGC